UGUUGCCUAAUGCUAGAAGUGAGUUGCACCGCUCUCCUCCUCUGCUGUUUCCCUGAUCCCAGCAGCAUUCCAGCACUCCAGGACGAGCAGCGAACGCGUCGCGUCGCGUCGCAUCGGGAUUCCUGAGGAUUACCCGGCGUGCCCCGCGGGAAAGAUGGCGCUGAACGGGAGAAGAUGGAGAUAAACUUUAUCUGAAAUCUGGAACAGCGGUUAUCCACACCUGCGAUCCGCGGUAACACUUCAACUCCUCCGAGAGCGAUAGCGGCGAGAGGACGCGGGGUCGGCGGUCGCUCUUGACGGCUCGAGUGGAGAGAUUUUAGCGGCCGUUAGCAAGUGUGUGUUAGCCAGCGAAAAGGAGGAGGAGGAGAAGAAGCGGGCAAAGUUUAUUCAGUUUGAGAGCGAGAGUCAAGACUCUGGGUUUAACUGCGGAGAAUUCACUAGUGCCAGGGCUCCCUGCGACACUCAAUUCUGAUUCUUCAAUCGCGCCAUCUAGUGGUCUAUUAUUCUAGGACAACAACCGCUACAACUGAUAAGACCGCUCAAGCGGGUACUGCGAGUCAUCUUGAGGUCAUUGAUAGCCCUGAGGUUCACAUGCUGAACGGGGGAGGAGGAGCGGGAGGAAGAGGAGUGAGACGUGAGCUAGAUUGAGUUUCCUUGGCGACCGGAGGGACCCACUUGGGGCGAUGACUCUGGAGAAUGCAGCAUGUACACUUGAGAGACGCUCAGGGCCUGAGAACCUGUGAAUGAGGACACCACUGAAAUCAACUCCAGUUUCGGGACUAACCGACAGUGUAUGGAAGCACACUGAUCUACCAGAAUGACGAGUGCUGCUCCCGCCCGGAAACCGUACCGAAAGGCUCCUCCGCAGCACCGUGAGACACGCCACACUGUUCCAGUAUUUCGAGAGGAUGUUAGCGGGAGUGCCUUGCCUUCCGCCAACCCUGCACCGUCAGCCCAGCCUGACCCCUGCCAGGAGUCCUUAUCAGAUGCCGACAGGAUCAAGAUCCUGCAGCAGCAAAAUGAAGACAUCCGUCGCCGGCUGUCCCAGACCACUCAUAAGAUGGAGGCCAUGGAGACGGAGUUUGAGACCAGUCGACAUUACAUGCAGGCGGAGUUGGGUCGAACCAGAGACGACCUGGAGAAAAUGAGAGACAAGUUCAGAAGACUGCAGAACAGCUACACGGCGUCUCAGAGAGCUAAUCAAGACCUGGAGGAGAAACUUCACGCCCUGCUCCGUAAAGUGGAAAGAGACAAGAAAACCAUGGAUCAGGAGAUAGUGGAGCUCACAAAUAAACUGGUGGACGCCAAAAACACUAUCGACAAGCUGGAGGAACUGAAUGAACGUUAUCGGCAAGAUUGCAAUUUGGCUGUGCAGCUGUUGAAGUGCAAUAAAUCGCAUUUCAGGAACCACAAGUUUGCUGAUUUGCCAUAUGAGCUACAGGACAUGGUGAACAAGCACAUGAAGAGCAGCUUGCCUAACAAGACUCAGGGCUCUCAGGGAGCUCAAGCCCAGGAUCCUGACACUCUAAGCCUGACUCCCGCAGACGUAGUGCCCACUUCGGUGAUUGCUCGUGUUCUUGAGAAACCGGAGCCGCUGGUGCUCAACUCAGCCCAGUCAAGCAGCAGUGCAGGUCGGCCAGUGGCCGAGGAUGUAUUUGUACAUGUGGACAUGACAGGACCGCAAGAUGAUGGUGGAGGGCAUGAGAAUGGUGGUCCUGUUCAUGCCAGGCCUCCUGCGGGAGCUGGUUCUGAUCAGCAGCAUGUAAAUGGCAUGUGUCGAAGCCAGGGGAGUCUAGAUGGUCCAACAGGAGAAGAUGGGGCAGCCCCCUCUUUUGAGAAGUUGAAUCCUUACCCAGCUCCUCCACCACCAAACCCACUGUAUCCUGGUCGCAAAGUAAUUGAGUUCACUUCAGACGACAAAGUCAAGAUCCCCAAGAACAGCCCACUGCCCAAUUGCACCUAUGCUACCCGUCAGGCCAUUUCUCUAAGUCUUGUACAGAACGAUGAGGAGGCAGCUGAGCGCCAGCGCACCGUGCCCAAUAGCCCUGCUGUAUCUGAUGGGGGUUGGCGGUCCGGGACCUCCUCAUCUUCCGGCGGAGGGCAUGCUUCUCACCAGCGCACACCUCCACAGAUGGAUGCUACGGACACUCUCUCCAGUCAUUCAAGUCCCUUUAGCAGUCCCCCUCAGCCCCCCAGCGCCUUUGCCAGCUCUGGUAGUUCUGAGGAAGACCUACUGGCCAACUGGCAGCGCAUGUUUGUAGAAAAAAUGGCACCAUCUUCAGAAGGCUCCCUUGUCAAUCGUACGUCCUUUAGCAGUGAGACGGUAAAGGAUCUCCAAAGAAGUCACAAUGGAAAAUCGGGAGAAGGUGCUCUGAGAGGUGCUUACUCUGAUGGCGAAGAGGGUUCCUCAGCACAGAGCUGGACAGCAAGUAGAGAGUCCAGUUUGGAUACGGACACCAGCAGCAUGGCGGACCUCCGGGCAAAAAAGACACAAUACGGAGGCGACUUUUGCCAGGAAGAGGGUGAACGCCUACUGAUGGCUCUUGAUCCACUUGAUGAUGGUGCUAGUGGUGACACUAUGGUCACCAUUGAGAGCAGUCCAGCCUCUGCUAAGCGUCAAGAGUUUGCUGAAGAUGCGGGCUCGGCAGGAAGUUCAUCUGAGGAACGAGAUGUCUUACCCCAGGACUUUCCUGUCAUUGGCUCAAAGGUCCUAGCUUCCCUUGAGGAUUAUACAGACAAGCCCCCUCGGACUGGCUCCACACGACCUCUGAAGAGUCCCAAGAGGAUGGGGGUUCAUCACUUGCACCGUAAAGACAGCCUUACCAGAGCCCAAGAACAUGGAAACUUGCUGGACUGAGACUUCCAGGCUUGUUUUUCUUUUUCUUUUCUUUUUUUUCUUUUUUACCUUGAGUGCUCUUUGUCUUACUAGCAAUCACUAGUCAUAGCAGCACACAAGUGGAUGGGAUCGAAUCAGCCUGGCUGUAGUUAUCCCGGAUCAUGCUGCUGUUGCUGAGGCAUCAUUGUAACUCUCCUGUCCUCUCUUUGAGGCAUGGAGUUCUCUUAUCUGUGGAGCCUAUGGUAUUGAUGGAAUCAGUGGUAAAGUACCGACUGCAUCUUCAGUUAGUCUGGCUAGUGAGUGGACAGUGCUUCAGGGAUUGUACAAGAAUGUCAUAUUCUGAUUUAAGGUGAUUUUCACCAGUCCAAGACUUGCUUCUGCUUGAUCUGACAUGAUUGAAUGGGCAACAGCAGGACAUAGCCAUAAAAUCACACUUUUGUAAGAGAAAGAGUUCUUCAGAGGCGACAAGACUGAGCAGCAUUAGGAUUGAUCCCUGUGGCACUGUGCAGACAUGGAGCAUCUCACGUAAUGGAUGUUUUGACAUUUACUUUUGCCCUUGGGUGAGAGUUUUCUAGCCAGAUAAGGAUGUCUAUCCAGUACCCCAGUACAAGUCCGUUGUUGUGGGAGAUGGGAUGGUACCAAAUGGCCACAGAUACCACUGUGUCAGGCAUUCUGCUGGUUGAAGCAGGUUAAAUGUAAUCUAUGGGACUCUCAUGUCAAUUUUCAGUGCCUAACCCUUGCUCUGACAGAGGGGGCUCUCCAUCACCCUUUAAAAGAACAUCUUGUUCCUUUAGUCUGCUUUAUUCAUCAUAAACUGAGAGGAUCCUUCACCUCAGAUUUUCACUUACCUCUCUUCACUGAUCUACCACUGUAUUUCAACACCCAACCUAAGGACAGUUUUUGUACUUUAAUAAACAACAUGAAUUAUGAAAGGAUUUUGAUGUAUUCAGUAUGUGUUUCAAUGAUCAAGUACAUGGAUAUACUUCCUGAUUUUCAUUCUGACCUGUUUUGUUUGACUAAUGGUAUUUAAACUUAUGAUUUUAAGUAAAUAUUUAGAGUUAGUUUUUUUUUUUUUUUUUUUUUUUUUUUUAUUUAUUUGUCUUGUACUGGUCUAAAGUGUCCCAUUACUCCCCUCAAAUCAGUUAAGCACUAGCAGAAGUAUAUAAGAAUUGCACGGGUUACUGAAUCCUGUUGUAAAAUGAAAUGAGAAGGUAUACAAUCUCUUACAUUAUUACUCAUUAGUUAUUACACUGUAAUACAAUGGAAAUGCAACCCAAACAGUGCUGUAUUUGGCAUUUUAAUGAUUUAAUCUGGAAAAUAUUCCUUUUUUUUCAAAGAUCAGUAUUUAGGAGUAAAAUAUUUUAAGCAAGUAAGGCUGAAACAUUUGGAUGCGUCAUUAGUAUUUCAUGUCCUCCGAUUUAGAGGUGUAAAAAUGCGUCCCCUCACUGCUGACGGCAAAAAUUGCCAUUCAGAGGGCAUAUUGAUAUUUUUUGAAAAAACUAUGCAUAUAGUACUGUGUAAAAACACCACAAAAACUUGAACCAUAGCAAAGCAUUCUGUCUGUUAUGAUGACAUUACUGACUUCUAAAUAAUGUUGCAUACAGUAGACAGACAAAAACAGUGAGCUAAAACACAGAGAUUUCAGCCAGAAACAUGCCUUUGUUUGUUAGAGAGGCACUGACACAAACACAUUGUUUUUUUUUAAAACCCUAAUUUCAAGGAAAGCCAUGUUUUGAUCUUAACGAAUGUAAUCAUCUUUAUGUAGCAUCCAUUUCCUUUGGUUCCUUAUUAUUUGUUAACUAAUCAUAUACUGCUGUAUGUAUUUUAAGGGGAAUGUGCAUCCCGCCAUCAUUUAGUGUGUUUUUCUGUGUGUAUCUUUUGUGUGGAAAUCAGAAUUCUCUUGAUAAUGGAUGAUCAGUCUGUCCAGCAGAUAUUUUCUGCAAGUUAUUUUUUUCUGUUCUGUGUGUUCCAGUCUUAAAUUUCAGUCAUUUCAUUUCAAGCCUUGUUUAAAUAGCAUUUUAACAUUUAUCAGCUUUUCUCAAAGAGUUUCAGAUGCGACCACUACAUGCAUCCUCAUUCUUUUGUUUUGAUGAAUAUAUUUUAGAGACGAUUAAACUGUGUUGCCUUUUUAA